GCUGCCGCCGUCCCGGGACAGGGCAGGGCGGCAGCAGGCGGGGAGCCGGAGCCUGCCAGCCUCGGGCCGGCCGGAGCCAUGCGGAGCUGCGGGACGACGAGGGGGGCUGCAGGCUGGGCCGCCUCGCUGCUCCUGCUGUGGCAGUGCCUUCCGACGGCGCGGCCCUACAACCUCGACACCCAGCACUCGCUGGUCUUCCAGGGGGGCAACGGGACCUUUUUCGGAUACUCGGUUCUCCUGCACCGCCACGGCGAGGAAAGAUGGCUGGUGGCCGGCGCCCCCCGGGCCAGCUGGCCCGCCAACAGUUCGGUGGUCAGCCCUGGGGCCAUUUUCCGGUGCCGGAUCGGGAGGAACCCCCGCGGACGGUGCGAGCAGCUUCAGCUGGGCAACCCCAGUGGAGAGCGCUGUGGGAAGACUUGUUUGGAAGAACGUGACAAUCAGUGGCUGGGUGUCAGCUUAUCAAGGCAGCCAAAAGAAAAUGGAUCUAUUGUUGCUUGUGGACACAGAUGGAAAAAUAUCUUUUAUGUAAAAAAUGAACACAAACUCCCACAUGGUAUUUGUUUUGCCAUCUCUUCUGAUUUUCGAACUGAACUGAGCAGAAGAAUAUGCCCAUGCUAUAUAGAUUAUGUGCGGAAGUUUGGAGAAAACCAUGGGUCAUGCCAGGCUGGAAUGUCUAGUUUUUACAUUGAGGACUUAAUUAUAAUGGGAGCCCCUGGAUCAUUUUAUUGGACUGGUUCUGUUUUCGUCUACAAUACAACUGCAAAUACAAUCCAUGCUUAUACAGAUUCAGAUAACCAAGUGAAAUUUGGCAGUUAUCUAGGGUACUCUGUUGGAGCUGGACAUUUUCUGACUUCAACCAGUACAGAAGUAAUUGGAGGGGCUCCCCAACAGGAACAGACUGGUAAAGCAUACGUUUUUAGCAUUGAGAAGCAACUAAAUAUUCUAUUUGAACUAAGGGGCAAAAAGCUUGGUUCUUACUUUGGAGCUGCCGUUUGUGCUGUGGACCUGAAUUCAGAUGGUUUCUCAGACUUGCUAGUUGGAGCUCCAAUGCAGAGUACCAUCAGAGAAGAAGGCCGAGUUUAUGUCUAUAUCAAUUCAGGUUCUGAGGCAAAGAUGGUAGAACUGGACAUAGAGCUCAGUGGGAGUGACUCAUACGCAGCCAGGUUUGGAGAGUCCAUAGCCAACCUAGGAGAUAUUGAUAAUGAUGGUUUUGAAGAUGUAGCAAUUGGGGCUCCACAAGAAGAUAAUCUAAAAGGAGUUAUUUAUAUCUACAAUGGCAGGGAAGAUGGAAUAACACCCUCAUUUUCACAGAGAAUACAAGGACAUCAAGUCAGUAACUCUUUAAGCAUGUUUGGACAAUCCAUAGCAAGUGGCAUUGAUGCCGAUAACAAUGGUUAUCAAGAUGUAGCAGUUGGUGCAUUUCUCUCAGAUUCUGCUGUGGUGCUUAGAACAAGACCCGUGAUAAUUGUUGAAGCGUCUUUAAAACAUCCUAGUUCUAUAAAUAGGACUAAUCUAAACUGCAUGGAAAAUGACCAGCCUGCCACCUGUAUGAAUUUGAAGAUAUGCUUUACCUAUACAGGACGAGAGGUACCUGGUUAUAUUGUACUGCUUUAUAAUCUGGGUGUUGAUGUGAACAGAAAAGCAGAUACACAAGCAAGAUUUUAUUUCUCCUCCAAUGGAACAUCUGAUUCAGUAUCAGGAAAUGUAAAGAUUUACAAUAAGAAUAUUGCCUGCAAAGAUCAUCCAGCAUUUAUGAGGAAAGAUGUAAGGGAUAUCUUGACUCCUGUACAUGUUGAAGCAAGUUAUCAUCUGGGGCAUCAUGUUCUACAGAAAAUAAAUGCUCAAGAAUUUUCACCACUUCAACCCAUUCUUCAAAGGAGGAAAGAAAAAGAUGUUAUAAAAAGCAAGUUUGUUUUUGCAAGGUUUUGCUCCCAAGAAAAUUGUUCUGCUGACUUGAGAGUUUCUGGAAGAGUUGUUUUUCCAAAGCCUCAUGAUAAGAAAACACAUCUCACCGUUGGAAGUGUGAAGACUUUAUUGUUGAAUGUUUCUUUGCUUAAUGUUGGCGAUGAUGCAUAUGAAACUGUCCUCCACAUUCAGAUCCCUAAAGGUCUUUAUUUCAUCCGACUUUUAGAACUGGAAGAAAAACAAAUAUAUUGUGAAGUAUUAGAUAAAGAAAAUCAUGCAGUGAAACUUGAGUGCAGUGUUGGUUAUUUAUAUGUAGAUCAAAAAUCAAAGCUGGAUUUUAGUUUCCUCUUGGAUGCAAGCUCGUUUACCAGAGCAGAAGAUGACCUCAACAUCAUCAUUAACGCUACCUGUAAAAAUGAAGAUGGGAACUUGUUGCUGGAUAAUAUGCUCACUUUAACUAUACCUCUAAAAUACGAAAUUGAGUUAAAUACUCAUGGAUUUGUAUCACCAGCUUCGUUUGUUUAUGGAACAAAUGAGAGAGAGUCACCAGUUACAUGUAUGAAGGAGAAUAUCAACUUCACUUUCCAUGUUAUCAGUGCAGGACCAAGCAUGGCUCCAAAUACAAACUUAGAGAUAACAAUACCUAAUGCUUUUCCACCCAAUGACUUCAAAUUAUUCAACGUGUUGGAUAUCAAGACAACAGCUGGACAGUGCUUCUAUAAUCAAUACCCUAGAAACUGUAGUGCAGAAGGAAAAAAUGAAAAUAUAUUAAAGGAUGUUGUCACUUUCUUUUCAAAGCCUGCUAGGAGACUAAUGUACUGUAUGAAAAAUGACAGCCUUUGCUUACAAAUACAUUGCAAGCUUGGAAAUAUGGAAAGUGGAAAAGAAGCAACCAUUCAGUUGCAUCUGGAGGCUACUCCUUCACUUUUAGAAAUGGAUGAUGCAUCAGCAUUGAAGCUUGAAGUAAGAGCAACAGCCUCACUUGAAAAUAAUGCAAAAGUUAUUGAACUCUAUAAGGACAAGCAAGUUGCAUAUGUCUAUUUGGAAGGAGUGCACCACCAAAAGCCAAAAUACCGUGUUACGGUGCUAAUUAUUGGAAUAGGCUUAAUAGUUGGUGUUACCUUGUUUUUGCUUCUUUCCUUUAUAUUAUGGAAGAUUGGCUUUUUCAAAAGGCAAUACAAACCAAUCCCUCAAGACAAGAACAGAAGAGACAGCUGGAGUUUUACAAGUGGAAACAAAGAUGAGUAAGAUGGCAUAUAAACAUUUGAUUUUAAAAUUAAGAAUUUCAAAUUCAGGUUAAUUCACAGGAGAAACACCAGUGACAAGAAAAAUGGUCUUGAGCCCACUCACUCUUACAAAGUACACUUUAUUUUCUUGAACAGUAUGGAGAACUACACCUUAGAGUACUGCUGUUCUUCUAAUAUGACAAUUGUAAAACAGUUUGUUUUGAAGUCUCAUGGUAAUAUUUGAAAUGCCACAUAUGUAUAUCUCUAGUUUCAGUCAGACAAAAGAACACUAAAGAUAAAGAGAAGAAUUACUUACCAGAAAGAAGAAUUUGUAGCAAGUAACAACAUUUGGCCAAUCCUGGAAAAUAAGAUCUCAAACAUAUUAGCAUGAGUUAUUCUAUUCAUUUUCAAGUUUCAGUAAUCUUUGAUUAGACAUUCAAGAACAACUCCUCCCUCAUCUUGCUUUGGCUGUUUUACAAGGGUCAAUGAGCUUAAACCAGUAGCAGGGCUGUAAGCAGAGCACAUGGAUGGAGAAAGCAGCUACAGAAGCUCUCAGACUUCUGAAGGAAACGGCAUAAGCUUUGGCUUCCCAGGCACAGCCAACACGCUGCAGAGACUUAGACACUCCCAGGCAAGCCAGAACCACAAAGGUCCAAGGUGGAUUCAGAGCAGGGAAUUGUGUUGGAUAGGCUGGAGAUGCAGCACAGAAUCCUUUCAGUUGUAGAGUAACAUGCUGGAGAUCCUAAUUUGUAGCCAUCUUUAACAUGGUACUUGCAAGUGUGACGGAAUUGGUUGUUUCAUCUUUUCCUCAGCUGUUGGUGCCAUGAUGUUUUGGAUUUCUCCAAUGAAAUAAUUAUCUGUGGUUGUUGUGGGGUUUUUUUAAGCAAGUAUUUAUUUUUAUUUAUUUGAAUAUUUUUCUAUUAGCAUAGUAGUAUUUAGUACUGGCAUUCUUCCAGGACCUGAAAAACAAAAGACUUCACAAGGACAAAACAGAGAAACACAUACCAAACUGACUCCAAAUGCUAACCUUACUGGGCCAAAUUUUAUCUUUCCAUCUGCCACCUUUAAUAAUGAAGUCCUUUGGAGAGCUAGCUUGGGUUCUUGUGAAGUUAUCUACUAAAUACCAUCCAAGCAGUCAUCCUCAGAAGCCACUCAGCAAAAAGACAAAUGACUGAAUAGAAACAUGGUUCAAACCACUGCUCUGCUACUACAGGAACUUUCUUCAGCUAGCUAAGUUUGCACUGCCACCUAGCUUUGGUGAAAUAGUACAAGCCAGGGGAAAAAACCAUUGCUUUGCUCCCCAGAACAACUGGAGAAUGUACAGCUUCUUCAAUAACUGCAUUUAUUGCAACCGAAGUAUGCAAUACAGCCUUUCUUGCCGUGCCUUUGGUGUCUUUCUGAACUGCAAGGAGAAAUGAACAGGAUGUGUAUGUACUCUUGGAAGCUGCACCAUACAGGAAUUUGCCUGAGACUCGAAACUGCUACUGAGUGCCUUCAACAAGCACUUUUGCUAACGGAGUGUUUGGUGACAUAAAAGCCACAUUGUCUACAGAUUCUAAAGGUAUUUGGGACCAUUUUUUAAUUUCCUUUCACUUCAUAUGAUGCCAAAGAUGUGGAUCACUCUAAAUUUUCUCUCUAAAAAUCUUCUGUAAUGCAAGGACAAAUGAAUGUGCAUAUACAUAUAUCUUUUAUUUUUUUUAAAUCAGGUAUUUGAAGAAUGAAAUAUUUUGUUGCAAGUCAUGAAAAUAUACACAAAAUGCUAAUCUUCCAAA